UUCCUUCGCAUGAUUGUCCGAGAUGUAUUGAUGAUAAGUUUCAAAGGAUUGGACGAUAAGCAAAAGGAAGUAUCUUUGGAUAUUGCUUGCUUUUUCAUGAAUGAGGACCAAACAUAUCCAAUUAUCAUGUGGGACGUCUAUGCUUACUAUCCUCACAGUGCAAUUAGUGUCCUCCGCCAACGGUCCUUGAUAAAAAUUAGGGAUAAUAAGUUUCGGAUGCAUGACCAAGUUUGAGAUUUGGGAAGACGCAUCAUUCUUGAGGAAUAUUCUCACAAAUUUAGUAGGGCGUGGAUUCAUGAGGAUGCUAUUGGGGAGUACAGAGAGAAAUGAAGAUGUAGAAGCACUGAGCCUGACUUCGGAUGGCUGCAGCCGCAACAUUGCACUUGAAGAAUUUGCUGCUCUACCAAAUCUGAGGUUCCUUCGAGUGAGAGACAUUGAUAUUUUUUGCAGCUUCGAGAAUCUUCCUUCGAAGUUAAGAUGGCUUUCUCGGCAAUCGUGGAGAACGAUUUUGCGUGCGAAUAACUUUCACUUUAGCAAUUUGGUCAUGCUUGACCUCUCAUAUAGCAACAUUCGAGAUGGAUGGGGUGGGUGGAGCCAAAUGAAGAUGGCACCUGAGCUCAAAGUUCUUAAUCUCACGAGUUGUCAUUUUUUAACAACAACUCCUGACUUUUCUGCUUUGGAAAGUUUGGAGAUUUUGAUUCUUGAAGAUUGCAAGAACCUGGAAGAGAUUCAUCCUUCUAUCAAGGACAUCAAGACCCUUGUCUCCUUAAAUGUCAGCAGAUGUAGGAGAUUGAAGGAACUACCGGCAGGAGUAGGUAGAAUGGAAGAAUUGAAGGAGCUUCUCUUAGAUCAUACUACAAUUAAAGAGAUUCAUAUUUCAGGAGAUUGUUUGAUGAAGCUGGAGACUCUUAGUGCUCGGGGUGGUAGUCAGCUGGCUCAACUUCCAGAAUCCAUGGGCUCCCUUAUGUCAUUAACUAAGCUGGACCUAUCUUUCACGGGGAUUGAAGAAUUACCCGAAUCCGUUGGUUCUUUGAAGAAACUCGAGACUCUUGAUGCCUCUAAUUGUGCCUUGUUAUCCCACAUACCCGACUCCAUAGGCCAUCUAACAUCUCUAUCUCUCCUUAACCUUAGUUGUUGUCCAAAACUUGCUCAACUUCCAUACUCUAUAGCCUCCCUUGUGUCUCUACAGCGCUUAUUAUUACGGGAAUGCUCCUCGUUGACAGAGAUCUCCAACUCGAUCGGAAAAUUAUCAUCAUUGGCUGAGCUAGAUUUAAAAUUUACGAAGAUUGAGGAAUUACCCGAAAGCAUAGAACAUCUGCAGAAUUUGAGGACCUUGGACAUUCGUGACACUAAAGUAACCGUAUUGCCAGGUGCCAUUGAAAUGUUGGCGAAACUCCAAUUACGCGUGAAAAAAAGUCCUCGGGAGACUAUGCCACUCAAGAUGUCUGCUCCUAGUAUUUUACUUCCAAGACAGAGCAUGGAGAAAAUGAAAGGUGAAGCUGGACAGCGAGCAGCAGACAUGGAAACCUCAGAUGGGGAUUAUACAAUUGCAGCUGUUCAGAAUGUAGUUGGAAUUGAUGACCGUGCAAAACAAAUCUCCGACUUACUGGAGAUGGAAGUCAAUGAUGAGGUGCGCAUUCUUGGAAUCUAUGGAACUGAUGGAAUUGGCAAGACGACUCUCGCCAAGGCUGUAUACAGCCGGAUAUCUUCUUGUUUCGACGGUUGUUGCUUUCUUGCUGAGGUCGAAGAAACUGCACAAAAUCCUCAUGGUAUUCAGUUCUUGCGAACUAAGUUGAAACGCGAUAUCCUUGGACGAGAUCGUGAAGAUCCUUCUUUUGAUGAAAGACUUGAAUUCUUCCAGGAUAUAUUUCGUGAGAUGAAAGUUCUGGUUGUUGUGGAUGACGUGCGAAAGCAAUCCCAUCUUCAUGCCAUUGUAGGAAAACAGCUUCAUUGGCUUGGUCCAGGUAGUCGAAUAAUUGUGACUUCCAAAAAUGAGGAAAUUCUCAGAGAGUAUGAACCCGAGAAGGCUCGUACCUACAUGGUUAGUGAGUUGGAUGAUGGUCAAGCUGUUGAACUUUUCCGCAAGCAUGCAUUCAUGAUGCAAUCUUCCACGCCUGAUUACGAUGAACUUGCAAACCGCAUUGUCAACGCUACAGAGAAACUACCAUUAGCAGUUGAAGUUAUCGGUUCGUUUCUGCGGGGUAAAUCAAUAGAAGAAUGGGAAAAGAUAGAGAAGUCAAUGAAACUAUUCACGAUGAGUUCUGGAAAUGCUACGGUUGGCAUUGAAGAGAUAUGGUACUUAUGUUACAGAGAGUUAGAUCAACACCAAAAAGAUAUAGUUCUGGACAUAGCAUGUUUUAUCUCUGGUGUGGAUGCCCGAGUUGCUUCAUAUAUGUGGCCCGUUUCUUCUCAUCCGACUUCUAAUUGCAUUUGGGUGCCCCUGGCAAGAAUCGGAGAAAACAAUGAAUUGCAGAUGCAUAGAUUGCUAAGGUGCUUUGGCAAAAGAAUUUUAAAUCAAGUGGGAUUUGGAGAUCGAAUUCCAAGAAAAUUAUACACACAGGAUAUGGUUCCAAAGGCAAUAAGCAGGGAGAAGGUGCAUUUGCGAGUUUAAGAUGGCUCUGUUGGCAAAGGUUUCCUCUGGAGUUUAACGCAGAAAAUCUUGUAUUGGGGGAGUUGGUCAUUCUUGAUCUGUCCUGGAGCAAAGUCACGGAAAACUGGGGAGGUUGGAGUGAAAU